AUUUUUUGAUUGAUGGGUACUGAAAUCUACGUGUACCCGGAAAUUUUGAAAACAUAAAACCAGGCUUGAUAUUCCGAUCUUCCUUUUGUUAGUUUUAGGCUUUAAUAAUGACCUGUUUACAAUUUACAUUAGCUUUACUGUUGUUCAGUUUUUCUGUUUCAAAUGGACAAUUUCAGAAAAUGUUUGGACAACAAACUGUGCUAGAUGGACAUCCGGGAGCUAGUGACGGCAAAAUACUAAUAAAAUCGGAGCUAGAUAUCAAAACCACUUAUUUGCCAGAAGAUUGUACCUUAGUGACCAAGACAGGUGACACAAUCACAUUAGAGUAUGAUGUAUGCUCCUUUUUAUUUAGUGUUACUGUAUCUCCAAACGUUACGUCAGCAUAUGACGUACGUUGUAUAAGUUUUCUUAUUUACCUUUUCAGUUUUCUACGUUUAAAAACUGAUUUUUUAAAACGGAAAAUCUGUAGUUUUAUUCUCAAUUUCCUGAUAGCUUACGUGAACGACGAGCAUAAAGAAACAUCUAAAGAAACAGAGGGCAUGCCUGCUGGACUGCUCGAAUUUACUAUUGGUAAAAGAAUGGUUGUUUCAGGUCUUGAUAUAGGAGUUGUUGGAAUGUGUCCUGGGGAGAAGAGGUCCAUAAAAAUACCUCCACAGCUGGCCUGGGGAGAAAAGGGUAUCCCAGGAAUAAUACCAGCAAAUGCUAUGGCCAGAUUUGAUAUUGAAUUAGUAAAAAUACAAGGACAAUCAUGGGCCGACUGGUACGUGGAAGGAUUGCAGAUCGUUUGUGGGAUCUGCUUUGCUGCAGGCGCUAUUGCAUUGGGAUGUGAAAAAAUCAGAGAAAAGAAAGGCGGCAAAAAGUCAAAGUAGAU